AUGCCUGAUGAUGAGCUCUCUGAAAUUGACGGAAUUAAGCCAAACAUCGUCAUGACUGAUGGCGAAGAAAAAAGAGGUGAAGUCACAGACAAGAUGCACCAUGAUUACAUGGGACAUUCUUCAAUGAACCUAUCUUCGAGUCACUCUAGAACCGGGGAGACCUACGAUCAACCUAUGUUUCCACAACAACAUUCUUUGCCAUUUCACGACCCUUACUUCGGUACCGUCCUGGCGAUCGUCUGCUCUCCCGCUGACAUAUUAAAGGACCAGGAUCAAAUGUCUACUCUUGGUGUCAUCAAGGCUUCCUUGAAGAACGAGGGUCCAGUGUUCAUGUUCAAGGGCUGGUUGCCGGCUUGGACUUGUCUGCAACUGACGACGGUCCUCAUCUUCUUAACAUUGGAACAGUUGAAGGACGGGGUUAAUUUCUCGAGAGGCAAGGGGUACACUUUCUUGUGA